AUGAAGUACCUCCUCAACUUCCUCGAAGGCAUACCCGAUGCACCAAACCUCGCAGAUCCCGAGUUUCAGCAGCUGCUGAUCGAUGUACAAGCUGGUAAAAGCUCGAACAAAUCGACUGCGGAUGCAUUCUACGAUAGCUUGGAGAAGAUAGUCAACGAAUUGAAGAGUACUCCCGAAUCAUUAGCUUUCCAGAAACCGGUUUCCAAGAAAGAUGCUCCGGAUUACUAUGAGGUCAUCAAGAAACCCAUGGAUCUGACCACAAUCCUGCGAAAUGUGAAGUCAAGGAAAUACAAGAACAAAGCGGAAUUUGCAGCCGAUCUUACUCUGAUUUGGGAGAAUUGUUAUGAAUAUAACAGUCAAGAGACACACCCUCUCAGAGCCGCAGCUCGAUAUAUGAAACAAAAAGCGGAACAUCAUCUGGAAUACCUUGUAGACAAGAAUGAAAAGCCCGCCAAUCCUCUUCAGAGUCUCUUACCCGAAGGCAUACCUCUGAACGUCUCUCCUGCGCCUUUAGCGGGUUCUGCAUCGACGAGAGCGUCAAGAUUGAUCAAUGAUUCUGUCACCGAGGCUGGAAAUGAUGAAGAUGCUGCUGGUGAGAGCGAUGAUGGCUUGGGAGCUCAAGUCGAGGAGCAGGAUUUUCGCGAGGCCGGGGGGAUACCGGACGGAGGAGGAGGAAAGGAUCAAGAGGGUCAAUUGCAGAGAAGUCGACGAGGCACCAGCGUAGCCUCGACUUCUAGACCAAGGAUCAACGGCGACGCUCGCAAAAGUCCCCCCGCAUUUCGUCCUCAGCUGAAUACGUCUCUUGAGUCUGCACCUGCCUUGAUUCGAACACCAUACUCAAUGACCCAUUUCAUGCCUGUAUCGCUAAACCAACCUGGGCCUUCCUUCUCCGACAAAGGAAAAGCCAAGGAGAUCCUAUAUGGUAAUGCACCUCCCUCGUGGUUUCCUAUGCCUUCGUCUGCUACACCGGUAUCAGCAGGAUAUGACGAAGAAGAAUUCAAGCUGGAAGGUUACUGGUGGGGAGCCAUGUCUUCCACAAACGAAGAUGCGUUGAUCGGUGGUUUGCCCUCGGUACCUCAGAUGGUCGAUCCGGUCCCUCCCAAACGGAAGCGUAUCAAGCUAUCUCACCGAUCGAUCAAUGGUGAUGACCCCACAUCAUCGCCGAAAAAGGGCCACAAGGGCAAGCCUGUCAACAUGAGAAAAACGAUACAUAGCACUGUCGACAGGUUACACGAAUCGAGGACGCUCAUAAACCGUAUACAAGAAUUCCAGAGAAUAGAAUUAGAAGGUGGUAUCCUACCAUCUAGAGAGCUACAAACUCAGAAAGAAAAGUUGAUCAAGAAAGAAGAAGCAUAUCAACGAUCGUGGGCGAGACAGGAAGAACUGGAACGGAGCAAAGAGAGGCAGAAAGCAGGAGGUGAAGUUGGUGACGAACAGGCUGCAUUGGAACUGAAGAAGGCCACAGCGGCUAUGCUGGCUCACUCGGGAUUUGAGGGCGCAAAUGAGACCGCUUUGGAUUUGUUCACAAGGGUCGCGGUAGACCACUUAGCGAAUAUGGGUAAAACCUUUAGGUUACUUACGGAUGGGUUUUCCAAUAAGAUGACUACCGAGGAGAUCAUCCUGCACGCAUUGCAUGAGAACGGUCAGAUAGAAACUCAAGACCUCGAGGCGCAUAUGAAAGACGAUAUCGAGCGUGAGAACGUCAAAGUUGGUGACAUGCAGAGGAAGAUCAGACAAGCUUUCAAAGAAGUUACUACCGCACCUGUCAUUGAAGAUGAUAUGAUGUUCGCAGAAAAUGGUGAAAUGCUGAUGGAUGGUAACUUUGCCGACGAGCUGGGAGAAGAUUUCCUUGGUCUGCGAGAUCUAGGCAUAGACAAAGAAUUCGGGCUAUCAUCACUGACUGUGCCAUCCUCGCUAUUCUACGGACGACGAAGGCGGCUGGCUGCUGUACAUGGGGAAAAGGAAGAUCUCCCUGAUUACCCUCCGCCUCCUCCAUUCAUUCCUCUCAGUGUUUCGAGCAUCCCUACCCAUCUUCCGGCCCUCCUGCAUGCGUUUUACGCGGCACGUAUGGAAUCCGGAUUGUCUAUCAUCGAAGACGACGUUUUCGAUCCUUCUCAUGCUCAGAUAGGAAGUCUGGGCCAGAUAAUUGUGAAAAACGUACCUGCUCAUACCGUCAAUACCGGUGCUACUGCUGCAGGAAGUGCGAACAAGAAAAAGAGAGAUAGAGAGAACAAUGACGCUCAGAGGAAUGGGAAUGAUGGCGAUGAUGACGAAGAGAAGAAGAAGAAAAGUUCGGUCAAGAAGCCGGUCAUACCUGGAGUAGGAAAAGGCAAUUGGGUCCGCCCAUCAAAGGAGGAGAAAGCAAGAAGGUUGGCACAAAAGGCUGCACUGAUUCAAGAUCAGGAGAGCUUACCUAAUGGACUUGGUCUUGCGAAGGCUAAUGGGGUGACUAAUGGUGAUGGGCAGGAGGAAGAUGCCGAAGGAGAAGAGGAGUGA